UCCUUUUGGUGGCAGAAUUUCCGCCACCCUCCCACUUCGAUUUCCUGUUCCCGCACAGUCAACCAGCCUAAGAUCCCACGCAGAUUUGCUGGAAAGCGGCUAGCAGCUAUGUCUACGAGCUGGUGGGAUGAUUUCUCGAAUAACCUGGCAACGGAUCUGGCUCCCCUGGUUGCUCUUCUUGGCGAAUCCCCCACGAAGCAGUAUCUCAGCGAGUGCUUGACACUUGAAGACGUUAUCAUCUUCGCUAUGGGCCCCAUGGGUAUCAUCACUGCCAUAGUAUCCGCGAUUCGGGUAUGUGGGGGCCCCUCGCUUAGGGCCUUUAUUGGAAGAGCCCAAGAAGGGGCGGGGGCUGCCGAGGCAGAGUUGUGUUCAUCUACUAGCCCUGAUGUCUGCGAGCUUUACAACAACAACGGCAUUGCUCGCAUCUUCGGCCGCCCGAAGCUGCUCGAGAUUAUACACAACCCUGAGCCUGAUGGUAAAGAAUUCUUCUCCGCCAAGCGAGUUGAGGCCACAGCUGGCCUGUACUCGUCCAAAGAAUACAUCGGGAAAAAUCGUCAUCCAUGGACCGAACCAAAGAAAGUUGCGUGGUGGGAUAGGAGAAGUAGGGAUUCACAAACGACGACAAAUUUCGCUCCAAGCCCAAAUCUAUCUCUCAAUAUCGGAAUCGAAUCGCGUGGUCGAAUUUGGUUCACCACUGUUGCCGUUUUGGGAGCGUUGCUACAGUCGGCAGUCUUGGUAUGGGCCGCCCUCGCAAGGUAUUACUACCUAUGGAUAAGGGAAAGCCAGGAAGAUGAAUAUGCAAUUCCCCUAACCGUCGUUGGGACAGUCUUGCUUUGCCUGGGAAUGGGUCUGUGUGCCUAUCUCAUCGAGAACAAGACCGGGGAGCGUAUUUACCGCCGAGCUGCCGGCAAGGACGCUUUUAGGAUGUAUUGGAUCCAACCAGGAAAUCAAAGAGUAGGCGACCAGGUCUUCGAAUCUUUCGCUUACACCGAUGAAAAAUAUCCUCUUCAGAGAUAUAUUACGUCGUGGAAAAAAACGGAUAAAUCAAUACCACGUACGUGCUGGAUUCGGACCGCAGUUGCAACAACUACGGCAGGCUUCUUCUGCCAGUUUCUUGGCCUUAGAGCUUGCCACCCUUCUGUCGCAGUCGCCCAGUUCAUCGUAACCAUCUUCAUGAGCCUCAUUCGUGCGGGGCUGAGAACCCGCCGAUUGAAGAGAGAGGACAACGUUAUGGAGCGCUACCCGGCCUUUAUAGAGGGACACGAACUGGACUUUUUGGCAUUUAGGCUUGGACACGGUAUAUUCGGCAUUCCACCCGAACCCUGCUACUGGACUAAUAAAGACUCACGUCACCUAUGGAUGGUGUCCAGUAUUUCGGAAAAUGGCCAGCUAGAAACUGACACCCCUGCCGCCAACACACCUCCCGACCCCCGCGAGAAUGAAGACGACAAGUCCAAGGCAUUGCAAAAACUAAAUGUUGAAAACUCGUCAAUCUUGUCGGGCUUUCGAAUUAAUCCGGAAGCCUCGUACCGCUCGGAACCCUGUCUGGUCUCUACGGCGAAGAAGGAGAUCAGCCAAUGGAUCGAAGAGAGAUAUAGAAUGGAUCAGGAUCAUCCCCAAGGACAAAAAACUACUGUUCCUUUAAACGCCGCUGUGAAAACAUUUCUCUACCGGAGCCGCCUUGCCCACCUGACAGGGUUAGAAGCACCGAAGUCAGAUGAUAGCGACUGUUGGGGGGGGAAGUUUGUUGCUGUGCGAGAUGCCGCCCUUAUUCUGGCGCUUGCUAUCGAAGAUACCAUGGAAAUCCUCUUUGCUCCGGACUCACAGCCACCGGUAAAGCUUUAUGAGCCAUGGGAUAAAGCUGUACGGAUAUUUUGGACGGCCCGAUGUUCCCUGUGGAAUCCCCCAAUUCAAAAAGAGUCCCAGGGCAAUAGCAUCCGUAUGUCCUUGGACCCCCAAAAAGAGUUCCAGAGCAAUAGCAUCCAUAUGUCCUUGGAGAAAGCAAUCGGCCAGGGUGGUCCUGAGGGUCCAUGGAGGGCUGAUAGAUCGGAACUAGAAGCCUUGCUCAGCCUGUGGGUAUGGUCACUGAAAGAGCCAUCCGAGAUAGAGGGCGCAAAGGAGACGGAUUCCAAAAGGGCGGGUCCGAGCAUAAGUCGAAUUCUCGCAAUCCAGGAAGAUGCCAAGGAUGAGUCUAGCGAAAGACUUAAUUUGGAGAUCUGGCGCGAGCAAGGCCGCAAAAGGAUACAAAAAAGAAGGCUACAAGUAGAUGCCAAUUGUGGCCGUUCGGGAAACCGGAGCGAGUUGAGAGCGCUCGACUGGGUAGAGGUCGAGAAUGCAGUGUGGUGGAAGGACGACGGAAAGUUCAUUGUAAGGAACGGGGGACAGCCCCAAGGCUCCCGCAACCAGAGACGAUUCUUUGGGUGGCACAGCGUGAAGAAAACGUGGCCAUGCCGCGAACUUGCAGUUCUGGAGACGACUUCGAAGAGUUCACUCGUGCUGAACUGCGCCCAGGAAAUUUAUUCCACGUUUUUGACGGCAAUUCUGAAAAUUGUUGGCGACUUUGGGUCCACAACGGUCAGGCAGCAUGAGGAGGGCUUAACGGCCACAAACGAUAACAUAGAAAGGAUUCGAAACGCUCUCGAGUUGCGAGGCUUGUGUGACACAGAUGAAUCCUUCGCCUGCGUUAUCCCAGUUUUGAUAACCGAGAAUAAGCUGAAACCUCCGGAUCAGAUAUUCUCUGUGGCUAGCCAGCUAGAAAACGAAUACCGGCUCAAUGGAUCGUGGAAAAAGUACAGGGAACUUGUCCACUGGAAACUUGGCCUUUUGUUUGCCGGAGUUUUAAGUGGUGGGGAGCAAGAUUCCGCAGAGAACAUGGAGACCACGAAUCGCUUCAGAUUGUCCUUUAUAGAGGCCUGCGAAAUAGGUCGGCGAGCUCUCCUGAAGAACAACGAGGACGAGGAAAACUUGUUUGGCUACGAAGUAAUUGCCGAGUUGUUUGAGCGGUACUCCCAAGAUGAAGAUUUGAAGAAGAUCUCAUUCAUUUGGGUUGACUCCGAGACUGUGCCGGGUCGGGGGUCCGCCCUUAGUUUGGCUGAUGCCAUCCAGUGUUACGGCCAAGUUGCCCUCUGGUGCCUGGAGAAGGAGAGCAGGCCGCUGAGAAGCCAAAAACAAGAGGCCGAAAAAAAACUAUCGAAAGAUUCCCCCACUCCGAAGCCAAUCUCGCCUAGUCUUCUCGAUGCAAUUCGGGGCUCAGAUUUAAGCUCUACACUGUACCAUCUGCAGAGGAAAUACCUCCCAGAGCCACGAAAGACUCAGGCAUUCAUAUCUGCCUCCCGAACGGGUUGGUACAUGGUUAUGGAGACAUUACUGAAGCUUGGUGCCUCGCCCAACCAGGAGGACGAGAGGAAUCGAACUGCCUUAUCAUAUGCCUUAGAACUUGGCGACAUCAACUCGGCGAGGGUACUUAUUGAAAAGGAAGCGGAGUUGAAUACCAGAGGUUUGGACGACCCGGAAAAGUGGCGGAGGAUUUGCCGCCACGCCGCAAAACAAGGGCGCACGAUGAUCAUGAAAGAGAUGCUGGAGAAGUGGGGAAGCAGCUUAUUCCACGACGAAGACGACCAGGGCAUGACACCACUAGGCUGGGCGAUCACAGCAGGAAACGCUGCUACUGUGCGGGUGCUCUUGAGUGACAGCUGGAUUGGCCAUAAUGAGUACUAUACCAAGCCACCACUCCACCUCGCCAUCAAGGAAGGAAGGGAAGACAUGGUGGACAUGCUCCUGGAGGCCGGGCUGGAUCCAAAUUUCAAGAACGACAGUCUGUCUACUAUCAAUUCUCCACCGCUCGUAUACGCAGUCAAACUGGGAGUAGGGGACAGGCCUUCAAAGGAGUCGAUAUUUACGAGGAUCCUAAACACCAAGAAUGUCGAUGUAGCUUGCACAGACGGUGCGGGCAGAACAGCCCUCUGGUGGGCAGCAGCUUUAGGUCUCGAUUCAUACGUGCAGGGGCUGUUGAAGUCUGAGAACGUGAAAGUUCUCAACAAACCAGAUCACCACGGUACCACGCCGCUUUCUAUUGCAGUGCAAGCAGGUAAUCUUGGGGCGGUUCGCCUUCUGCAGGAGACAGAACUAAGCGAUAAUAACGUACACUUGAGGGAUAUUUUCAUUGCUGCCAAAAACGGGAAAACGUCUAUCGUUGAGGAGCUACUCCCGCCUCGGAUCAGAAGGAAAGACGAUGCGGCACGGCUAUUGGAGAGGCAUGGACUGGAAGAAAUGUGGCCCACCAUCGCGAGAAGCAGAUUCUGGCACCGGGAUGGCGAGUAUUACAACGAUAAUAUCGAGGGCGGAAGCAAUUUCGACAGGGCCUUGCAGGAAAUUGGGCCUUUGCCUGGAGACCAAAACGAAACAAGAGUGUCAUUGAAGCUGUGGGGGUCGGGUGAGGAGUGGCUGAGCCCGGAUGUAGCUACUAUUUCUCGGUAGCUAUUACAGAGCCAGCUGGCUGGCGCAACGAUAGAAUUGCCGACUCGGGGGACUCUUGUAUAGCAACUCGAUCAAUCAGUUACCCUACCGUAGGUUUCGGCAGGUUGUCAGAUAUUGGGUAUAAGCAGCGCUCGCAUUUCUGCGGCAUCACCUUUUUGUGCCUUGGGCAGUACGACACGAACCCGCGUGUUAUACCUGCUAUAUCAACAUUCGCCACUAGGUGCCUAGGCGUGGCCGACAGUCUGUCUAACCCACAACUAAAGUCGCUGUGAGUGAGACCGGCUGGUGGCGAACGUGAGAGCUAGGCGUUUAAGUAUCAGUAUUAAUACAGAUGGCUGUGGCGGCUCGUUGAUACUACCCUCCU